UUUUUUUUUCAUCAGUUGCUCUGCAUUUUUGUUUACUUUACGUCAUUUGUUUAGCCCUUGAGAUGGCUAUUCGAGAAAAAAUACAAGUAUUGAAAAUACAAGCCAAUAACAAUAAUGUCACUGAUUAUGUGGAGAUAUAUAUGCAACAUUUGGAACCGAUUGAUUAUCAUCGUUUAAAAUGGGAACCAUUAAUUCAAAAACUGGUUGAAGCUAUGAAUGAAACUGAAAUAACAUUAACAUUAAUUGAUGAAACAGAAAAUACAAAGGCACAAGCUUUAGCUUUACAAGGUGCACUGUAUGGAAGCGGUUCUGAUAUAAAUAAUGUUUAA